UGGGCAAACUUUGCCCCUGCCAGCCUUCCUCUAUGGAGUUGCGGUGGGCUCCGCUGGGCACCAGGGGGGUCUCCAUCUCCAUCCUCACCCUCAUCCUCCUUUUCUUGCUGGUCCCUUGCCAUCCUCACCCCCAGCCUUGCCACAUCCUGGCCAGGAUCGGCCACACGGUCCGCCUGGGUGCCCUCUUGCCAGGUGGGCACCACCAAGCUCAGCCUGGCAGCCCCCUGCGCAACGCCUUGGCCAGGGCCAGCCGGGUCGCCUCCGCCUCCUUGCCCUACAACCUCAGCCUGGAGGUCCUGCCAGGAAGCCCCCAACACCGGGACCCGGCUUCCUUGGCACGCUGGCUCUGCCAGGCCAUGGUGGUCCGAGGGGUGGCUGCCAUCCUGGCAUUCCCGGCUUCCAGGAGGGAGCUGCUCCAGAUGGACGCCGCCGCUGCCUUCCUGGAGAUCCCUUUCCUCAGCCUCGGGGUCCGGCAGGAGGAAGAAGGUGGCGAAGGUGAUGCCCAGGAAAGCCCCAUGCCCUUCAGGAGCUGGAACCCUUUCCAUCUGUACAUGGACCGGGGCACCGAGUUCGAGACCCUCCUGGACCUCCUCGCCAACAUCUUCCGCGCCAACAACUGGCACGACGUCACCCUGAUCCUAUGCCAAGCUUGGGAUGUUUCGGGAUUUGUAGACCUCUGGACCACCCACUCUGGCUUGGAGAGGACAGUGGUGGUUGAUGUGAGCUUUUUGGACGAGAAGGAAGCCCGGCGGCAUCUCCGGCGUCACUUGGAGGAAUACCGGGAGCUGCCGGGGCCAGCCAUUCUUUUUGGCUGCGAUGCCCGCCUUGUUCGACUGGUCUUCCGGACAGCGAAGGAAUUGGGGGUGACCCAGGAGUUUCACUGGGUGAUGGGGAUCCCCCAAAAUGUGGCGGAGCUACAGACGGAAGGUCUGCCCCUUGGUCUGCUGGCCUUUGGGGAGGUGGACAGGCCUUCUCUGGAGCAACUGGUCCAAGACGCCUUGGAGUUGGUGGCACGGGCCAUUGCCCAUGCGGUCCGCAUCCGGCCGGACCUGGCCCUCAUCCAGAGCAUGCAGAACUGCAACGACAAGCACCUCGUGGGCUCUGAAUCGUCCGGCCGCUACCUCUCCCAGUUUUUAGCCAACACGUCCUUCCAAGGCCAGACGGGCAAAGUGUACGUCCACAACACGUCCCACAUCCACACGGAGCGCCACUACAAAGUCUGGAGCCUGCUGAGGGACUCGGUGGGGCAGCCCACAUGGGUGACGGUGGGCAGCUGGAAAGGGGGCCAGAUGGAAGUGGAGGAGGGCACCUGGCCACAACACCUCCAGCGCAAGAGCCAGGCUGAGGGCACUGGUUUCUCGCGCAUGAAGCUGCGCGUGGUCACCUUGGUGGAGCAUCCCUUCGUCUUCACGCGGGAGGUGGACGAAGAAGGAAACUGCCCUGCAGGACAGUUGUGUCUGGAUCCUCGCACCAAUGACUCUGCUGUCUUGGAUGCCCUCUUUGAUGAGCUGAAUUCGGAGAAUGGCUCAGUGCCCGUUGAGUACCGGAAAUGCUGCUACGGCUAUUGCAUCGACCUUCUGGAGAAGUUGGCCGAGGACCUCCCGUUUGACUUUGACCUCUACAUUGUGGGAGAUGGGAAAUAUGGGGCCUGGAAAAACGGUCGCUGGACGGGGCUGGUGGGUGACCUCCUGAGCGGGACGGCCCACAUGGCAGUGACCUCCUUUAGCAUCAACUCGGCUCGGAGCCAAGUCAUCGACUUCACCAGCCCCUUCUUUUCCACUAGUUUGGGCAUCUUGGUGAGGAUCCGGGACACGGCGUCUCCGAUUGGGGCCUUCAUGUGGCCCCUCCACUGGACCAUGUGGGUGGGGAUUUUUGUGGCCCUCCACAUGACGGCCCUCUUCCUCACCUUGUAUGAGUGGAAGAGCCCCUACGGGAUGACCCCUCACGGCCGCAACCGGAUGAAGAUCUUCUCCUACUCCUCAGCCCUCAACCUCUGCUACGCCAUCCUCUUUGGGCGCACCGUUUCUAGCAAGACGCCCAAAUGUUGGACUGGGCGCUUCCUGAUGAACUUGUGGGCCAUCUUCUGCCUCUUGGUCCUCUCCAGCUACACAGCCAACUUGGCCGCCGUCAUGGUCGGGGAGAAGACUUUCGAGGAGCUCUCUGGGAUCCACGACCCUAAGCUGCACCAUCCCUCCCAGGGUUUCCGCUUCGGCACCGUCUGGGAGAGCAGUGCGGAGGAGUACAUCAAGAAAAGUUUCCCAGACAUGCAUGAGUACAUAAGGCGGCUCAGCGUCCCCACCACACCGGCGGGAGUUACCAUGCUCAAGACCAACCCACCCAAAUUGAAUGCCUUCAUCAUGGACAAAUCUCUCUUGGAUUAUGAGGUCUCCAUCGACUCGGACUGCAAACUGAUCACAGUGGGGAAACCUUUCGCCAUCGAAGGGUAUGGAAUUGGAUUGCCACAGAACUCGCCGCUCACCUCCAACAUCUCCGAGUUCAUCAGCCGGUACAAGUCGGCCGGAUUCAUGGACCUCCUUCAUGACAAAUGGUACAAAAUGGUGCCCUGCGGGAAGAGGGUCUUCGCCGUCACCGAGACCCUGCAGAUGGGGAUUUACCACUUCUCUGGAUUAUUUGUGCUGCUUUGCAUUGGAUUGUGUGGUUCGCUCCUCACCUCCCUCGGGGAGCACAUUUUCUAUCGCCUCAUCCUGCCCCGCAUCAAGCGCAAGAAGAAAUUCAACUACUGGCUCCACACCAGCCAGAAAAUCCAUCGGGCUCUGAACAUGGGUUUGGAGGAACAGAGGAUCAAGAAGUUGAAUCUGGAAAAAAGGUGCAACAUUCAGAAGAGCCAAGAAGAACCCGAACCGCCUCCGAACCAGCCGGGUUGGAACAACCUCCGUCGGGCGGCCGUGAAAAAGGAGGACAAGCGGGUGCAUUUCAACAUCGAGAACCCGCCGGAUGAGACUUCGGAGGACGAACGGGACGCCCCCGUUUGGCACUGCAUGAACGGCCAAGACCCCCAACAGGAGGACAAAGAGGCCAAAGAGAAGGAACUCAAGGAGUUGGAAGGGAAAAUCGAGGACAUGCGAGAACAGCUGCGGGCCGCCCUCGUGCGGAAAAGCGAGCUGAUGGUGGCCCUCGGCCCGCCGCCCAAAGCUCCCCGGCUUCCUCCGGCCCUGAAAGCGCUGAUCAAGGAAAGCAAUGAGGACAGGUGAUCCUGCAAAACGGUGGACCUGGGCGAGCCCCCGUUGGGCGGUUCAAACCGAUUUUAUAAAAACUCUCUGGUCGGAACAAACACUGCAUUCUAGCACAAGAGCGCUCCUGCGAUUCUGAAGGGGAACUGCUGCGGAAAACCCGACGGCAUGCAGUUUGGACUCCUUAUAGAUGCCGUUGCAAGGAGAUAUCGAACUCCCUGCUUCCCCGAGAUUUCCCGGACUGGUUAAUUUUUUUGCCAAAGGGGCUUUGGCUUAGUAGCUGAAUGCUUGCUUUGCAUGCGGAAGGUCCUGGGUUUGAGCCCGGGCAUCUCCAGCUGCAAAUAGUCCUGGGUAGAAAGGGCUGGGGGAUGCGUACUGGAAGCGUGCAACCUUUUAGGCUGAGCUACUGGUCUGGCUUGCAAAGGCAGGUGGGUAUGUCCGUGUUUCCCUAGCGCUGAGGUGUUAAGGUCCAUGCGGCGCAACUUUAUUUGAUGAUCGCCAGAGUAUAUGGGCAAAUUUGCCCUCCUUUUAGCGGUCAGUUGAUGCCCUUUCCGACUGGGUACAAGUCUUCCAAGAAGCUCCCCAAAAUGCACAAGGUGGGGAUGGGAAAUAUAGCACAGUGGUAGGGCAGUUGUUUUUUGCACACAACGAAAAUCCCUGGCAUGGGUGGUUUAAAGGAACAGGUGGAUCAGGUUCUGGAAAGCACAGGAUACUGGGCUGAAUAGUCCAAUGGUUUGGGUUGACAGAAAGCCAUUGGGGAGACCUAGCCCAGUGCUUGCUUGGGUACACAACAACCCUGUGUGGAGGAACUCGCACUGAAUUCCCAUGUCGAAGGGGCAGUGAAUUCAUUCCAGGUUUUGGCUAGUUGUUUUAAAAAAGCUCUCCAAGGACCUCUCCAAGCUCCUUUAAAAACCUGGUAUGGAUUCGCUGCCCUACUGCCAUGCUGCCUCCAAUUUUGAUCUAGCUUCUCAGGUUUAGCUGAGUUUUGUUGUUUCCCUUCCUCUAAUUUAGUAAAGAUUAAUUUAACGGUAACUUUCAAGGGCACAGAGAGGGAUAUUGUGGCAUUCUGCUUUGAUUUAGCACAAGGAUAGGAAUCGCGUGGCUGACACCAUCCAGGGGUGAAGGAUGCUGGGAUUUGCAGUCCAAUGACCUCUAUGGAGGGCCACCUGAUUCUCAACUUUGCUGUAAUGGCUCAGGGUUAGUAAAGUCUGGCUUGACUUUACUACUAAGGAGUGGAGCGACUUGGGCAAAGCUUUGCUGCAUUUCAGCAGCUCUGGUUCUGGAACAUGGUUCAAAGUUGGACCGCUGCGUUCAUACAGACGGCUUUGCCUGGGAAAGAUCCAUUCCUGGGAAAGUGUUGCCUUUAUUAUUGCUCCUAUCAUUUGCAGGGAAAUGAAUGUAGGGUUCUGGUAUUUCGUAGGAUAAAAACGCUUCCAGAGACGGGGAAGCAAUGAAGCAGGCCUUCAUCAGCUUCUCAGGUUGGUAAAUUAUCUUUUUCAUGAAUUAUCCAUUACCAAAACAGAAAGAAUGGCUAGGAGGGACUUCACGUCUUCUUAAUUUAUAUUAUCCCUGUUGUUGUGUGCCUUCAAGUCAUUUUGGAUUUAUGGAGACCCUAAAACCGAUCAUGGGGUUUCUUGGCAAUAUUUGUUCGGAGGUAGUUAUAUGACGGCUGUCCCUGAAGCUGAGAGAAUGUGACUUGCCCUUUGAGUUUCAUGGCCAAGCGGGGAAUUGAACCCUGGUCUCCAGAGUCAUAGUCCAACACUCAAAGUAUUACACCUUGUUGUCUCUCCUUAGAUAUUUGUGUAUAGGUUGACCUCAUGUAUAUGUUGACUUUGUAGAUAAAACGAUCUCUUGCAUAAGUCGAGGGCAGGUUUGGGGGCCCAAAAUUAUGGAUUUUGAUUUAACCCACGGAUAGGUUGAGAGGCAAAUUUAACAACGGUUGCAAAAGAUGGAGCAACCAAUAAUGGCAAAGAACGCUGCCAUUUUCCCUUCCAUACAUUCAAAAAGGUUGGAAAUGGCGUUGCAGUGGAGAGCAAAGAGGGAACCAGGGCCUUUUAGGUUUUCCCGCAACGGACUAAGCUCUCGCCUCUCUUAAAGGGGUGGCCUGUUUUUGACAAGAGUUAAAGCACAGCGGGUCCUUGGUAUCCGUCGAGGUUUGCUCAUUAUUAAGUAAUUACUAAGGACCCCCGUGGAUACCAACAUCCAUGGAUGUUCAAGUCCCAUUAAAUCCGAUGGCAUCGCAAAAUGGCUUCCCUUAUAUA